AUGAGCUCCGCCGAGCCAGCCGUCGAGCCCGGCGCCGGUGACAACCCAUCGCCACCGCCUCCGCCCUCAUCCUUCCACGGCCGGCUGCAGCUCCAAGACUUCAUGUACCAGUCCGCCGAUCCUCCCGCGCCCCGGCGCAGUGCCCGGAACGCAAACCCUACGGCCGCGGCAGCACCCAUCCGUAGCACCCCUUCGCCACGGAAGCGCGCGGGCGCGCCUUCUCCCGCCGCCUCUGGCGUCUCCAAGCCCGCCAAGAAGCAGCAGCAGCAGCAGAAGAAGAAGAAGCCAUCUUCGGGCUACGCGCCGCCGUCCACGUACGCGCACCUGCCCCUCCUCCCCGACGCCAUCUGCGCCGACCUGCUCGUCCUCUUCGUCGGCCUCAACCCGGGCCUGCAGACGGCGCGCACCGGGCACGCCUACGCGCACCCGACCAACACCUUCUGGAAGCUGCUCCACAGCUCGGGCAUCACGCCGCGGCCCUGCGCCGCGACCGAGGACCGCCAGAUGCCCGCCCUCUACGGCCUCGGCCUCACCAACAUCGUCGCGCGCCCGAGCCGCAACGGCGCCGAGCUGCGCCGGCACGAGCUCGACGACGGCGUCGCCCUGCUCGAGGACAAGGCCCGCACCUGGCGCCCGGAAGCCGUCUGCGUCGUCGGCAAGAGCAUCUGGGAAAGCAUCUGGCGCGUCCGCCACGCCGGCGCCCCCGUCGGCGCGCGCUUCCGCUACGGCUGGCAGGACACGGCGGAGAACAUGGGCGUCGUCGACGGUCGCUGGCCUGGCGCCCGCGUCUUCGUCGCGUCGAGCACGAGCGGCCUCGCCGCCACGCUGUCGCCCGCCCAGAAGCAGGAGAUUUGGAACGAGCUCGGCGCUUGGGUCAAGAUGCGUCGGGCGGAGAGGGAGGUGGCGGCCGAGCGAGAGGGUGUUUCGGGUGCGUGA